GUUCUUGAAUGAACAAAGGAACCAAAAUCCAUUGAAGAGAGGACACGCGAAAGAGGAGCCAGCGGUUGGAUGGCAUCGCUUCUUCCCUUCUUUCUUCUCUUCCUGGUCUUCUCUGGUUCCUCGCACAUGUGCUCUUCUCGCAAGGUGGAAUUGGGAAUUACAGCAACAAAACUUGAGCAUCAUUUGCAUCCAAAUAUUUCAACCUUAUCCACUGGAUUUGAUCCCUCAAAAGUAGUCCAAAUAUCAUGGCAUCCGAGGAUCUUCUUAUAUGAAGGUUUUCUUUCUGAUGAAGAGUGUGAUCACAUGAUUUCUCUGGCAAAUGGUAAGCUAGAGAAAUUUAUGGUGGCUGACAAUGACACAGGACAUAUUAUACCAAGCAGUGACUGUACAUGCACUGGGGUGUUCUUGUCCCGGGGUCAAGAUGCAGUUGUCUCAAAGAUUGAGAAAAGAAUAUCAACAUGGACCUUUCUUCCAAAAGAAAAUGGAGAAGACAUUCAGAUCUUGCAUUAUGGGAUCAAUGAAAGUUAUCAAUCACAUGUGGACUACUAUCAAGAUAAAUCCAAAUUGACAUAUGGUGGGCACUGUAUUGCUACUAUUCUGAUAUACUUGUCUAAUGUUACUCGGGGUGGUGAGACAAUUUUUCCCCUGUCAGAGUUAAAAGAUGUGCAAGUGAAGGAUGAGACAUGGUCUAGCUGUGCGGCCAAGGGUUAUGCAGUAAAACCUGUCAAAGGCAAUGCACUUCUCCUUUUCAAUCUUCAUCCUGAUGCCACAGCUGAUCAAAGUAGCCUUCGUGGUGGUUGUGCUGUGCAUGAAGGAGAGAAAUGGUUAGCCACGAAACGGAUCCAUGUGAGAACCUUCAACUCAAGGAAGCCUUUAUUUGUGCCUGGUGAUGACUGCACAGAUGAGGAUGAUAAUUGUCCCCACUGGGCUGCCGCUGGGGAAUGCCAGAAGAAUCCAGUUUUCAUGUUAGGCACUUCAGACUACUAUGGAUCAUGCAGAAAGAGCUGUGGUGUGUGCUGACAGUUUUAAAUUUGUAUAAAUAUUGUGACGCACCCUGAGGCAACGCAUGCAGUAAUGCUGGCAAUUGGUUUCAUAGAUUGUAUAUUAUGUCAUGAAUCUCAUGAUCUUGCAUGGAAUUGACAAUUUUUUGCAGUUGCACAAGCAGUCAAGUGAUUUGUCUUCUUCA